GCACAGCCCUCAGAGCAGCUGCAAGAUCUGAGGACCUGAUCAAACUUGGGGCACGAAAUCUCUUGGACAACAGUCCCAGACCCUCUUUUAGUGCGGAUUGCUGUUUGUGUAUGUGCAAGUAGCUGGAUAAAUUGGACUGUUGCCUGAACAACCAACCUCCUUUUCUUAACCCUUCUGAAGAAAUCUCCUCCUCCCCUGGAUCUGGAGUUCGAGAGUUUUCAGCUUCUGAUGGUGUGAGAAGAGGCAGGCUGAGGUCAGAAUGGGGUGCAGGCAACAUUUCUGUACCGCCAACAUCUUUGCAGCCACCAUGUGCCUGGCGCUUCUCCUGUCUCCGCAGUGCAACUGUGCAAAGAAGCGCUGGAAAAGAGCUCCACACCUGACGCUGGCAGAGAAAUACGAUGACUAUGAGUACCCCCUUCAUUCCCAUGGAAUGCCUUACCAGAAAAAUGACCGCUGCCCCCCUCCGCCGCAGACAUUACCAGACCGAGCGUGCGAGGUGCCCAGCUGCCGCUCAGACUCAGAGUGCGAGAGGCACAAGCGCUGUUGCUACAACGGGUGCAUCUAUGCCUGUCUAGAGUCGGUACCCCCACCCCCAGUUUUAGACUGGUUGGUUCAGCCCAAACCCCGCUGGCUGGGUGGAAACGGCUGGUUACUCGAUGGUCCAGAGGAAGUUUUACAAGCCGAAGCAUGCAGCACCACUGAAGAUGGAGAUGAGCCUUUGCACUGCCCAACAGGAUACGAAUGUCACAUCAUUAACCCUGGCAAUGCCGCUGAGGGCAUCCCUAACAGGGGUCAGUGUAUCAAACUUCGUGGGAACUCUGAUGGAUGGAAUCUGAGACCUAAAUAUUACAAGGAAUAUUUUGGGAGCAGUUCCAAUAAUGUGGUGGGCUACGUGAAACAACAGCAGAAACGCCUCAGUUAAUUCAAGCAAAGCCUCAAGGGGAAUUCUCAGGAUAAAUGGGGCAUGACGUGAAAAUGCACGACAAUGUCUCUACUUCUGUUGCAGCAAACAGGUCUCUCCUGCAUCUUUUCCUGCAGUCUAAGUCAGCAGAACCAACAUGGUGCCUUCCAGAUGUUGCUGGACUCCACCACAUUGGCCCCAGCAAGCACGGUCAAUGGUCAAGGAUGACGGGAGCCGUAAUCCAAUAUCGGGAGGGUACUGCAUUGGCUACCCUGUUCUAGAUUCUGGGAAAUAGAUUUGAUGGAACAGAAUAGCCUUCUCCAACAUGGUGCCCUCCAGAUGGCAUUACACGCCAUCAGCUCCAGCCAGCAUAGUCAGCAGUCAUGGGGGAUGGAAUCAUAAUUCGGCAACAUGGGCAGGGCAUCACAUUGACUUUAUUCUAGACGACAUUCACACCAUACAUUUGUUUCACUAUUAUUCCACUUAAAACAAUCAUGGCAUCCUCCAAAGAAUCCUGGGAUGUGUAGCUUGUGAAGGAUGCUGAAAGUUGCUAGGAGAUGCCCUGUUCCCCUCACAGAGCUACAAUCCCCAGAAGAGGGGAUGACUGUUAAACCACACUGGAGCUGUCAGGGCAAUAGGAGUCUCCUAACUCUCAGCACCCUUCACAAACUACACUUCCCAGGAUACUUUGGGGAAAGCCAUGACUGUUGGAAGUGGAAUAAUAGUGGGAUAAAUGUAUGGUGGGCAGGUGGCCCUGGUUUCCAGCUUUGCUCUGGUUCUUGACUCUCAUCUUGGCUUCACUUUAGGUCCACUUGGUUUAAGACAGAUACUGUAUCCUCUCUGCUGGCUCUAGUUUUCAUUUACUGGAUACUUUCUGACUAAAUGGUUUCUAAUCAUAACCUUCGAAUGUCAUACUCACCCUGCUGUACUUCUUUUUAGCUCAAGAAAGAGUAGGUGUAACCAACCUAGAGCCCUCCAGAUGUUGCUGGACUCCAACUCACAUCAGCCUCAGCCAGCAUGGCCAAAUGUCAGGGAUGAUGGUAUCUGUGGUCCAAGAACAUCCAGAGAGCAUCAUCCUUGGAUUAAACACAGAUAGGAAACUGAGUCACGUAGAGACGCUGCAUGCACAGAGACACAAGUACUUAACUCCCAGUUAGCCUCUGCUGAGCCGCACCUUCACCUUUCACAUGUACUGUAAUGCUUAAAGUCAUGACUUUGAAUGGUGUUCUUGUCCCAAUCUAGAUGUUUUCUGAGCUUGACCUUUUGCUUUAAUUCAUAUUUCAGUAACAGAGAAUUUCUGAUAGGCAAUGAUGUCUUCUCACUUGCACGCAAAAAUAAAUGCAUCUUGCCCACAGGGGGUUGUCCUGUUUAUCAGCUGCU